ACUCCCCCCCAGGGGCGGACUGACCAUUUGGAAACUCGGGCACUGCCCGAGGGCCCGGGGUCAGUAGGGGGCCCCAUGAGAUGCCCCUGGUACCUUUUUCAUAGGCUUUUUUUGAGUUUGGGCAAGGACACAGGGGCCCCAUGAUCCCCUAUUGCCCGGGGGCCCCAUGAGUUGUCAGUCCACCCCUGCUCCCCCCGUACUGUGCUCUCCUGACUCCCCCUGCACUGAGAGAAGACAGAAGUUCAUUGUAAUCACAUCUCAAGGGGGAGGAUGUAUUGAAGGUAGCUGAUGU